CUCAAUCACCUGGACCCUAAAACCCCGCCUGCUUCGUUUGCCCCCACCCCUCCCCCAUCCUCUAUGAAUGAGGUGCGCCUAGUUCUCGGGCCAUUCCCCGUUUCACAACCCGGGACGGGCAGCUUGGCAAACCUAACACAAAAGCCCCCUGCCAUGGUCUUCCCGCCCCCCAUCCCCCCAUCUCCUCCCCCUUGGUUCCUCUACUGUCUGACUUCCCUUGUCCGCCUGGUUCUUAAAUCCAGGAGGCCCGUGGCCUCCCCUCCACUUCUCCCACUCCCCUGGCCCGACCAUGCCCCUCCUUCCAGCCAACAUUCCCUGUGUCUCCUGUCCCGUUACCGUUACCACCCCCUUUUGGCUCGUCAUUUCCUCCCUCUCUCGUUGCUGGGGCAGAACAGCAGCCCCCUCCAGACUGGGUGCCAAACCAAGCUGCCUCCUUUUCCCAGGCUGUUUGUCCAUUUGGCUCCUGGAAGCUCUUUAUACCAGUUUGUUCUCCCAUGGAAGACUUGACUGCACGAGCCCUCUUUCUCCCCUCUUCAAUACUUUGUUGUAGCUAGGAAACAUAGAGUUAAUUUUCCCCUACCACCAUCUUCUUUCUUACCUGACUUAAGUCAGCCAAGACUUCAGGCUCCUUCUCUUGAUUCAUUUUUCUCCUAUUAUAGAGAGUGCAUAAUUAAGUUCCUGUUUAUAAAAUGAUUUGCAUUUUAAGUUCUUAAAAUUUUUUUCUAUAUUCAUAUUAGGAUCAAGGCUUACUUUAAAAAAUGAGAGGUCUAUUCAACUUUAAAUCCUAUGAUUCUGGCUGCAGUAAAAUUUUAGGAGUGGUGACUUUAUGGAGUUGUACAGUACUUGGGAUUCUGAUGGAGGAAACAAGUCCCUAACAAGAUUUAAGUCAAAUUGACAAGUACUUCAAGUUAAUUAAGUAACUAGCAGGUGCCGAGCUUUGUAAUAGGAAUUCAAAGGUAGACAAAAAUGCUGCCCUCGAGGAACUUAAAAUCUUGUGAGGACAACAUGCAAAUAAACAAGAUGUAUAAAGGAUAAAUUGAAGAUAACCUUAAGUUAACACUGGUGUUAACAAGGCCUGCAAAAGGCAUUUUGCAGAAAUUGAAGUUUUAGCUGAAACUUGAAAAUCCUGGAGGCAGAGAUGAGAAAGGUGUGAAUUCCAGGAGUACACUCUUAAACCGUUUCCCAGGAUAUCCAGCAGGAGGUUGUCAUAUAUACAGAAUUGCAACCUAAAUGAGACAUGGAGCAAUAUACAGCAAACAGCAAUAGUUCUACAGAACAGAUUGUCGUGCAGGCUGGACAAAUUCAGCAACAGCAGCAGGGUGGUGUCACUGCUGUCCAGUUGCAGACAGAGGCCCAAGUGGCAUCCGCCUCAGGCCAGCAAGUCCAGACACUCCAGGUAGUCCAGGGUCAACCUUUGAUGGUACAAGUGAGUGGAGGUCAACUAAUAACAUCAGCUGGCCAGCCCAUUAUGGUCCAAGCUGUUCCUGGUGGCCAGGGUCAGACUAUCAUGCAAGUACCUGUUUCUGGGACACAAGGAUUACAGCAGAUCCAAUUGGUACAGCCAGGACAGAUUCAGAUUCAAGGGGGUCAGGCUGUUCAGGUACAAGGUCAGCAAGGCCAAACCCAGCAAAUCAUCAUUCAGCAGCCCCAGACUGCCGUCACUGCUGGCCAGACCCAGACUCAACAGCAGAUAGCUGUCCAGGGGCAGCAGGUGGCACAGACUGCGGAAGGACAGACCAUUGUUUAUCAGCCAGUCAAUGCAGAUGGCACUAUCCUUCAGCAAGUUACAGUCCCUGUUUCUGGCAUGAUUACCAUCCCAGCAGCCAGUUUGGCAGGAGCCCAGAUUGUCCAGACAGGAGCCAAUACCAAUACAACUAGCAGUGGACAGGGGACUGUUACUGUGACACUACCAGUUGCUGGGAAUGUGGUUAAUUCAGGAGGAAUGGUUAUGAUGGUACCAGGGGCUGGUUCUGUGCCUGCUAUCCAAAGGAUCCCCUUGCCUGGAGCAGAAAUGCUUGAAGAAGAGCCCCUCUAUGUGAAUGCUAAGCAAUAUCACCGGAUUCUUAAGAGGAGACAAGCUCGGGCCAAAUUAGAGGCAGAAGGAAAAAUCCCCAAGGAAAGGAGGAAAUAUUUACAUGAGUCUAGGCAUCGGCACGCCAUGGCAAGGAAGCGUGGAGAAGGUGGUCGCUUUUUCUCUCCAAAGGAAAAGGAUAGCCCCCACAUGCAGGAUCCAAAUCAAGCAGACGAAGAAGCAAUGGCACAAAUGAUUCGAGUAUCCUAACCAAGAGCAGAGAGAGCGAGCUGAUCCAGGUUCCUCUCCACCAUGUCCCAUUUUUCCAGGAAAUUGAGCAGAUCUUCCAGUGGGACACUCAUGAUCACAUUCUGCCCUUUUCUACAAAACAGAAACCACUUAAUUUUUAAUAAGUGGUUUGGUAUUAUAAUUGCAGUGAUCUCUGGCGAAUUGAAAUUCCAAGGACUCUGUCCCACCCCUCUCAGUCAGGACUUCAAACUAUUAAUGACAUUAGUAUUUCAUAUAUUUGGAUGGUACAAGAGACAAAAAGCCAACAAGACAGUACUACAGCGGCACUUAAUUUGGCUGGUGAAGCAGGGCCAUCCCAGGGGAGAGAUACUUGUUCAGUCGUUAGCAAGAUGACAGUCCGGGAAACCACAGCCCAAUUCUUCCCACUUGGAGUUUGGUUAGUCUCAUCCAUCCAUGAAGUUUGAGAUUUUAUGUGUGACCAACAGAAUGAACAUGUUGCAUGCAGAGAUGACUUUCAGGCAGAGGAAAUUUCCAUCCUGUGAUGUAUAAAGAACAUAUUGUUCCCUAAGAAUGAGGUUUAAUCAACCUGUGAUUAUAGCAAGAACCUGAAUCUACCUGUUUGGUUUAAUGCCAAGGGGGAAAAAAUGCACCACUGGAGUAAAAGAAGCAAAGACUCACUAGCAUUUUAAAAUGCUGCUCGGCUCAGCUUAGGUGGUCUUAACCUACCUUCCCAAUGAAAAUGUAACUGAUUAUAUAGAGAGAUCACCUGGAUCAAAAGUUUUCUUAUUUUUUUCCCCCAUAAGAUUGUAGGGAUGGCCAGUCCUCCUAGAAAUUGCCAUCCUUGGAGCAGAAAACAAAACAAUUUAAAUUCUUUUUGUGUUAAAGUGCUGAGAAUAUUUGCAGUCAGUAAAAUGUCAAGAGAGCAAAACUGUAGGUUGCUGAUCACAGAGUUUCUAUAAAACUGUCCUCCUUUGACAGCACUUCAGGAAUAGAAGGGAGAAUGCAAUGAUUUGUUAUUUUGAAUAAUAUGUGUGUGUGCGCGCACGCAUGUGUAUGUAUGUGUGUGUUUUGUAACUUGACUCAGUUGAGACCUGGGGUAGAUCAUUAGGAAUUGAAGAGUAAGGAACAGAUUCAUACUAAAACCUAAUCUAGGAAGGAAGUGGAAAUUCCCUUACUGUCUUUAGUCUGAGAUUUAUUUUGUUAGUCCUUGGCCAUUUCCAAAAACCAUGUGCCAUGGCUAUUCCACGUUACUUAUUGGAGCCAGUAAUGAAAUUGUUCCUCUAGCAGUUUUUGUUUUUUAAAUCCCCUUGGCAGCUGGUGUGUGGAUUCCUAUUUCUGUUUGCUUUCCCCAUUUAAGAUGUAAUCCUUAUACUUUGAUUCAGGAAUCUUGUACAGAUAGGCUUUCAUAUUGUACUUUUACUGUGGACCAAACUGGAAAUAGAUUAAGGAAGCCUCUAAAUAUCAAGAAUGGGGCAGGAUUCCCAGAUCUAAGAACCUAUCAUAAAGCAAAUUUCCAUCUCUUGGACCUUGUGCUUCAGAGAAUUAAGGUGAUGUUUUAGAAGAAUGGCUGUCUUAUUGAACAAAAGUGGUUGAAAAUAUUCAGCAUUUCAAGUGAAAAAAGCUGGAACUAAGUAUAAAUAAGGGGAGGAGGGAAUGCUUUCUCAUUUUUGUCUUCCCUGUAAAAAUUUUGCAGGGAAAAAUUAAGCCUUUUAAAAGGAAAUUAAUCAAAAAGUAAGGAUUGUUAUAGGGACAGUAGCCGAAGUGUGAAAAGAUAUAUUUCCCUCAUCCCAGGACUAAUAGGUUCUGAAUCCAUGUAUCCAAGUGUUGCUUUCAGAUGCUUCCUUGGGAAUUGAAUUGUUUUUAUUUUGUAGUUUCAGAGGCUUGUCUUACUUGCUAAGAACAAAGUUUGUAUGAUGAUGAUAAAACAGAAGGGGUUUGGAUUCCUAGUUUAUCUUUAGGAUUCAGUAUUAAAAGAGGAAGCCCCUCAAACCUGAUCUCUAAAGCUCAAGCUCAUUAAGAAAAGCAUUUUUUAAACUGUAUUUAUUUAUGUUUGUAAACUUGUACAUAGUAACAACCCUGCAAAUGUUCUGUUACUCAAUUUUACAUCUUUUAGGUUCUUUUAGGGUUUUUUGUUGUUUGGGGUUUUGGGGAGGGAAGGAGGGAUACAUCCGUUUUCAGUUUGAUUUUUGUGUUUAGAAUGUCAGGUCCCUUUUUUUGUUAUCUUGAAACACCAUGACUUUGCAAGGAAAGUUUGGGGUUUGGGAAAUUAUUUUUAUUUGCUCCUCGGAAAUCCUUUUCUUAUAUGUAGGUGCGACUGUUCUAAUGACCUUACAAUUGAAAAAGUGGGUGACUGGAUGAAUGAAUAAUUGGCAUAAUGCAUAGUGUUACAUUUCAUUUGAGUACCUUUUUUGCAGGAUAAUUGUGUGUCUAUGUAUAUAUAAAUAUAUAUAUUUUUAAGUGCAUUGUUACGUAUAAGAUGUCCAUGUCUAUACCGCUGGACCAGGGGAACGUUUUCUGGGUUGUGGGUACCUGUUAAUAAUGUCUUGGCUUUCAUUUGUGACCUUAAGCUAUAUGAAGGUUUUCCCUCCAGGGGAGAGGGGAAUACAGGUGAUCAUUGGUGACAUUGGAAUUCAGAGUAAUUUCCCAUUGUUAUUUUUUAAAAGAAAUUUAUAAAAAUAUCAAAAUAAAAGUUUGCGUUUUAGGGA